CAGAUGAUUAUAAAAUUUGCACAUUUUGUUUUAUUGUUUGAUUUUGAUAAAAGAUAAUUUAUUUUAUUAGUAAUAGAAACCUUUAGAUUUUUUAUUCCUUUUCAAAAAUGUGUUAUUUAUCUCUUACAACUUGUUUAAUUUUUAUUUUUUUGACUUGUGUUCAACAGCUGACUUGAAAGUCGAUUAAAUAGUAAACAGCUGACUAAAAUCGUCUGUGGAACUGCGAGUUGAUAAGCAAAGGGCAAGAGCUACAAUGGAGUCUCAAUUCUCACCACACUUUAAAUUGCCGUUUGCUGAUUUCGGAAACUUUUUUGUCUCACAUCAAGACUUUGGACCUUGUGCUAAAAUGGAAAUGCAAGCUUUGAAUUGCUUAGAAGCGUACGGUCGUGUUCGUGCCCAGGAGAAAUGUGCUGACCUCAUAAGUGACUUCAAGGAAUGUUUCCAUGGAAACUUACAGUACAAGAGAAUGUUGGCAAUGCGACUUGAAAGACACAGGCAGUACUACAUGGGCGAGAGGGAACAGCAUUUUGCCCCUUCACCCAAGUCUGGAAGUUUUUAAUUAUAAUUUUCAAAAUUGAUUACAAAGUAGUAUGAUUGUUCUCAUUGAGUUUCAUAAUGUAUAAAAAUUCAUCAAUAUAAAAUUUAUCUAAUUAAAAUAUUGCUUUUCUUCAUUCGA